UUUGCAGAUAGGCCGUUUUCAAAUGUUACGCUAGAAAUAUCUAAAAAACAUCGUUUUUUUUGUGCUAAGAGAUUCUACCGAUGGGAAUGGAUUCCACCAACAGUUCACCACCAACCCAUUCGAUAUCCUUCCCGGACAAGAUUGUAGCGUUCGAGCUGUCCAGCUACGAGUGGUCCCAGAAUCUGCUGUGCGUUGCUCUUGCCGACAAGCUUAUUUUGGGAGUGGUUCGUUUUCCGGAGGAAAAUGAGUCCGAGUGUUUCGAGUGGAAUCAAGUUAAGGAAAUACACCAUGAAAGCCGUUGUCACGCGGUCGCUUUUGCCCCGGAAACAUCGUUGGCCGUUUUGCCCAAAGUGGUGAUUAUUUGUACGGCCGGUGCCGAUUUCAAUCUUAGGAUAUUCAACAGCGACCUGGAGGACAACAACACGGUACAGAUACUGCAGGGACACCGCAGCUAUAUAAAUCAGGUCAGCUGGGAUCCGGACGGCGAGUAUCUGGCUUCUUGCGGCGAUGACCAUAUGUGUAUUCUGUGGAAGAUAAAGGAGGACUAUGCCAAGGGAUCGACGUUUUUCUUCGGUUCGGCCGUGGUGUCGGCCAAGUGGCAUCCGGAUGAGCCGGGAAAGGUGUUGAUUGCGGAAAAGAGCGGAAUCGUACAUCUGUACAAUGUGGAAUCCAAACUGGCCAUUUUGUCGGUGGAGAGCAACAAGAACCCGCUAAACUAUGCCGACUGGAGUUUGCACAAUUCGGCCUUUGUGGUGGCCUUGGCCGGUGGGGAGUUGGUCUUUUGGGAUCUGAAGAAACCGAGUCGGCCGAUCGAGAACAAGAGAAUUCACGAGGAUUGCGGCCAUAUAGUAAAGUUUGCGCCCCAUUCGGAGACGAUCGUCGCCAGCGUGGGAAGGCCGAGGACCACGUUGAAGGUGAUUCACGCAAAGAAUCAGGUUCCACAAAUUGAAGCCAAGUUGCUGCUGUAUGGAGGGCUUUGCUGGCAUUAUCAGCUGCCCUACGUGGUGGCAGGACAGGAUAGAAAAUUGUGUUUUUGGAAGAUUUCAUCAUAAUUUUGCAAAAUAAACUAAAUGCGUUAUAUAAAACGAAUGAACAGAA